AUGGCGAAGACUCUUUCAUCCUCGACCGCGACGGCUAUUCCCGAUCUGCAGACAUCAAUUGAAGCCAGAGAGGACCUUGGAGACUUGUUGUUUCAUGCUAAAAUCAAAACGAGCGAUGGAAUGGUCCUUUGGCCGUGUAUGAAGUUUGCCAGCGGGUGCGACGAAAUUGUUCAGUGGCUGGAUGGAACGGAGCUGCUUUCGAAACGUCGUCAAAGACAGUGUACCGUUGCAAUUCUUAAACAAAAAUUGAAAGAACCUGAGUCUAUAUCGAGCACAACGCCCGUGUUGUAUCUUUUGGGGGAGAAAUUGCCGCAGGGGACAAGCCGUAUUCUCUUGCCCGAACGAUACGAAGUCGAUCCGAUUUUGAUGCACAAUCUGGCUUUGGACUUUACAGACGCAGACCUUGACUACGUCCAGGCGUUAGAUGAGGUUCUCAAAGUCUUGGAAGGAAACUUAAGCAACAGCGCUGCCUCGAAAAUGACAUGGCGUUCAAGCAGCAAGAAAGAAUUGGCUCCGUUGACUGGCUUGAGCAGCACGAUUGCGGAACCUGCGACCAUCCCUGACGGAGUGAGUGCCAACGGCCUUCCGUUUUCUACAACUUCCCGGAGAUCACACCGAGAGAGUCAAACGCAGACACACGUAUCGCCUGAACGAAGCGUCCUAGAAAGUGUUGGAUCGAACCUCUCAGACCUUAAAAACCAGCCCACUCUACGCUUGGCCAGCACACCAACAGCAGAAUCUGAUUCCGACAUCCAAUCUUCCGGGACGAAAAAAUCAAAGAAUGCUCGUAUUAGUAUGGAGCCUGCCUUGGCAGAGAACUCUUCGCAGAAACCCAAUGACGUGACACCGAAGUCAGCUUCGUCUGAGACACGAACUCGGACGAGUACGCGGUCUAGUCAAGGAUCCGCUUUGAAAGCCUCGACAGCCUCCCUGGUGGAUUUCUCGGCACCAAGUACUUCCCUCACCUUGAAAACAUCCAGCGUGCAAAAAUCCAAAGUUUCGACCGCGAAAAAAUCGAACCGAAAAAAGCCACUGCUUGACGACACUAGUUUGGAACCGAUUCCGACAUUUCACAGGGUUCGCAAGCUCCUUAUAAAAUGUGGCUUUCUCUUUCGGCAGAAUACUUAUUGCCGCCCUGGUAUGGAUCCGAGACGGAACCCAUUGGCCAGGAAAGGUGAGGACUAUUUUGACAACGAACACGAUUUCCGGAAGCAUGUUUGUGCCUACGGAUUAAAUUGCAGCUCUUUAAAACUGACGAAAGACGAAGAAACGCUCGUUACGCAAUGGGUUCGCUAUGCAAUCGUGGACUUUGCUGCAGAUGCCACAUGCAUCCCACAGCACGAGCUGUUAUCGGUGUCCCGAGCUGAAAAGUUGCUUCUGGAUGUGGGCGUACUGGAUGUCAAAUACAUCAAUGGUAUUGACGACGCGUAUGUAUACCCGGGGACAAGUAAAGAUUCCUACACGUUCGGAAUGAAUGCUUUUAUAAAGGGUGGAAACAAUACGGAGAUGUUUAUGAAUCUGGCGCGCUUUGGUAUUCCUGAUGGAUGUGAUUUCAGCAAAGUAUCCAGAGCCGACUAUCUAAGUCUGCAACUUCAUUUGACAGAACCUGGAACCAUCGAUACCUUUGGGACGUUUGAGGACCCUUUCCCCAGCGACACUGUGGUGCCGAGAACACGAACCCGCCGAAUGUCAACUACUACCCCUGCAAAGGUUCCCCAGGAGUAUCAGAAAGGAAAACGAGCAAUCAGCAACUACAGUCCUACCAAUAUCUCAACUGUGACUAACGAUUCUGUGUGUGACAACAGCAGCGUUGUCUCCGAUAGGAAUGAGAAAAAGCGCAAGGCAAAGGCUUCUUCUAGUAAGCCCAUGAAGUCGCCUCGAACUGUUUCGACUGUUGACGCGGAAAAAGAUCGUACCGGUGGCGAUCGGUCACUUUCUGCCCCUGAAACAUAUGCUGCUAAGUGGGCUCCUAUGUUCGAAGCGUUAGAAUUGCCCAAUAUUGAGAUAGAAUUACCGUGUGAAGGAUUAACGAAUGAGCAAAAGCUCACGGAAUGCCUGGAGCGUCUCAAUGCCUCGUCGGAAGCAAUCGGUUUCAGUGUUCCGAGGGAUGGGGCUUUCGCCAAAAAUUUAGGCUCGAUUUACGACUUUAUUAUGGAAAACGUCUCAGAUGGGACCAUGGGUUCGAACGGAAACUCUGCACUCUAUGUAUGUGGGGUGCCAGGAAUUGGCAAGACUACAGGUGUGAAGUGGUGCUGCGAUAAGUCGUUAGAGUUAAUUCAACGUGAGAAAAGCGAUAGGUUUCGCACGCCCCUCUUCUGUGUCAUGAGCGCUGCUUCAUUGAAUUCGGUCAAGAAAUUUGAGGAAACGCUUUUCUCGUCAAUGGCAAGCGCCAUUUCAUCAGUACAUGCUACAAAGGAGGGAAUUUUGCGAAAACUUCAACGUGGGAAAGAAAAAGCUGUACUCUUUUUGGUCUUAGAUGAAAUCGACCAUCUGGUUUUGGUGAAGCAGGGUUCAAGCAAGAAACGAACGGGUGGAGAGAAAAUUUUGCAGUGGCUUCUUGAUUGGGCCGCUGACCCAAAAAUCCCCUUUGCUCUGAUAGGCAUUUUCAAUUCAAUCGGAAAUGAUAGAUUUGGUCGUCUCCAUGAAAUUGGAAAGUUCAGGAAUACCGUUACGUUCAGUUCUUACGAUCACAACGAAAUUGUUUCCAUACUCAAAUCUCGAGUUGGGAACAGGAUCGUGGCCCCGAACGCGUUGACUUUUAUUGCGAAGAAAGUUCAGCAGAGUAGUGGUGAUGCCCGAAAGGCGCUUGAAGACAUGUCUCUUGCCAUAAAAUUCUGCUUGGAUUCUCUUUCAGACAGUGAAAAGACCAGCAGAAAUAACGCAAUUUUGGUGAAUAUGCAACACGCAGUUAAGGUUUUUAGUGUGGUGAGCAAGGACUUUCAGGAGAGAAUAUUGACCCUUCCCUACUUGUCAAAGGUUAUUCUGUGCGUAGUCGUGACAUUGGCCCAAGCCAAGGUUUCAACAACGACCGUUGGGAUCCUAAAACGUGCAGUUACUGACUGCGUCAUGCAGACUAACGAAGAUGAACUUGUCAGCUUGGAGAACUUUCAAUUCAUGCUGGCGGACCUCGUUGACAAAGGUUUGCUUUGUUUUGAAGGGAAGGGCAGCGAGGAUGACUUGUGUCAGCAACAGCAUAUGCCUGUUCGUUUGGGUACUCAACUUGAUGACGUCGAACAAGUCCUGGAGAAGGACCUUUCCCAACAGCAGUUCUUUGGCAAGUUACGUGCACUUGCAAGGGACAGGGCCACAGAGUUUCGCCGAUAGGGAAGCAAGACUUAGCUUAAUAUGAACAAGCAGUGUUGGAUUUUUGCAGGUUCUAUUCUUGCUUCAUAGUCUGCAUUGCCUGCGCAAUUUGUAGCCUCAAACAAAGACAUUCCUUGUAGCUUAGGUCUACGCCAGGAAACGCCAGCAGCAAACGAUGACCCUUGCCUCUUCGCUUUACGCGGAAAAGGAGUUCACUGCAUACUCGGUACGCCAAAAUUCUCUCAACUACUACGCAGUCUAUCACUUGAUCCUUAGGAAUGAAUGUUGCUUUCCCAAUCAAUUUCGAAUUUUCGUUAGUGUGUGUUGUCUGCAUCUGUACCCCUAGUGGAUAAACAUACACGGCAACCGCUGUCUUCUUUGAAAUAGAACUUAUCGUCCACGCAAGGGUCGCCACCAGCGCUAAGAUAGCUCCAGCGGUAAAUAUAUAUGGGUUAUCAAAAGCGAGCGAAGUGGCAAGGAAAGCAACGGUCGCACCUAGGCAACCCAAUCUCGAGCUCGUAGAGAAAGGCUCCACCAUACUGCUCCUGGACUGUACGACGAAG